GGCUGGGGACACGCAGGGGUCUCACGCCCCCCUGUCCCGGCGGGAAGCCACCCGCCCGUCCCUCUGCACCCGCCUCCUUUGCUGGACCAGGGGUGGGAGGAGCCCCCCGGGGCGCUUCGUGCCCCGUCCCUGGGAGUGAGGAGAGGUGGGAGCGCGUGUCGGCCUUGGUGGCCCUGGCUGGGACGGCUCGGGGAUCCGCUCUCUGAGCACCCAAAGGUGCAGAGAUAGGCGGUGGGGUGAUGGGUGGGCAGCGCCAGACCCGCGUGGCCGGUGGUGAGGGCUUCCGGCCCUCCGGGGCAGGGAGGAGCCGUGGACAGGCUUGCAGGUGCAAGGGGCUCGGCCAGGGUGCCUUCCAGAGACCCCUCUGGCUGGCUCCAGGGGGCGGGAAAGUCAGGGAGAGAGGAGCGGAGAUCCGGUUCCCCCAGCCCAUCAUCCCGCGGCUCCCGGCCCUGGCAGCUUCUGGAUUUGUGAAGACCCCCAUCCUUGUCCCGUGGACUUCAGAGGAUAGCAACCCCAAGGUUGGAUGGGCUUGUGGGAGACCCGUGGUCCCCAGAACUUGAGGAAUCUGGCUUGUUGCCCUCCUCCUCCUUCUCCCCCACACUGAAGGCAUGUCUUCACCCCAUGACAGGGCACUUCUGUGUCCAGCCCUCUGGUGUCUCCAGACAGACCUGUCUCUCUGGUCUCCUCCGGCUCUUGCCUAUCCAUUCCCCAUAGCACUCCGUGUCAACCUAGGGUCUACUGAGCACCUGUUGAAUACCUGGCAUGGCUUUGGGUUCUGAAGACCAACAGCCAGGUGCAGUGGACCACACCUCUAAUCCAGUGGCUCAGGACCCCGAGGCAGGAGGCUGGCGAGCUCAAAGCCAGCCCAGGAAUUAUCGAGGCCCUGAGCAAUGCAGUGAGCCCCUGGCUCAAAGAAGAGAACAUCAAAGGGCUGGGGCUGGGGCUGGGGCUCAGGGGCUGUGCCCCUGGGUUUAACUUCCUGGUACCAAAAACCAAACAGCCCUACAGUGAGGAAAACAGAAGCAGUUUUCUGUCUUCUUCCUGCCCUCAAGGUGCUGACCGUCUGGGGGAGAGAGGGGGCAGUGAACACUAAGGAAUUAAUGGUGCUUCCAGGCCAGGACAAGUGCGGAGAUGGGGAGGAAGACGGGUCAGGGAGAGGGCCGCGGUGCAGCAGCUCUAGGGAGGCGGCUCAGGGUAUGGCAUCUCUACAGGAGGUCACUCUUGUGCUGAGACUUGAAAGAAGCAAGAGGCCGAUGGCAGUGCCAGCGCAGGGGUCCUGAGGCAGGGUGACGGCUGGCUGUGGCCGGUUUGGGGAACAGAGAAGAGGCUAGUGGAGUGGAGCAGAGGGGAGAACGGUCCUGUCCACACAGCUUUUUGGUCAUCAAGAUUCUGGCUUCUGUCCUAAAUGAGUUCAUCAAAGGGGAGGGAAGCUGCGAUUUGCCUGUUGGGUGGAGGGAGAAGGCUUUGAGAAGUGGGGUCACUGAAAAGUGGUCCCUAGUUCAGGUGGAGGAUAGUGGGGGGCUGGACCAAGUGGUCGCCAUGGAGGGGGAGAGGAGGGGCAGGGCCAGGGCCACACUGUUACCAGAUGCUCAUCAAAUGGAGGCCCACCAAACAGGUGUGGCUGCGGCCUGCCCCUCCCCGCUGAGGCCCCCAGGCCAUGAAGGUGCUGCUCCUCACGGGGCUGGGGGCCCUGUUCUCCGCCUACUACUGGGCCGACAACUUUGAGCCAGGGAGCCCGCGUGCUGCUGACCGGGGCUGCGGGCGGCGAGGGUGUUGGUGAGGAGCUGGCCUAUCACUACGCCCGCCUGGGCUCCCACCUGGUGCUCACUGCUCAGGCCGAGGCCCUCCUGCAGAAGGGGGCGCGGCUGGGGAGGAGAGGCCCACCGGCAGCUCUGGCCUCCUAGGUGGUGGGGAACUGCAGGAAGCUGGGCGCCCCCAACGUCUUCUACAUCGCCGCGGACAUGGCCUCCCCCGAGGCGCCCGAGCGCGUGGUGCAGUUUGCGCUGGACAAGCUGGGACGCCAGGAGAGAAACGCUUUGAUCUCCCGGGUGGGGGGGUGCUACCUGCCGCGAGGACCUCGGCGCUCCGGACCGAACCCCACCCGUGGCGGGGCAGGGCCUCGGGCCAGCCCUGCGCUGACCGGCAUUUCUGGGCCAGGGGGUCUGGACUACCUCGUGCUGAACCACCUCGGCGGCGUUCCGACCGGCAUGCGGGCCCGCAGCGCCCAGGCCACGCGCUGGCUCAUGCAGGUGAACUUCCUGAGUUAUGUGCAACUGACUAAGUUGGCGCUGCCCAGCCUGACUGACAGCAAGGGCUCCCUGGUGGUGGUGUCCACGUUGCUCGGCCGUGUGCCCGUGUCCUUCUCCACCCCCUAUUCAGCGGCCAAGUUCGCGUUGGACAGCUUCUUCUGCUCCCUGCGGAGGGAGCUGGAUGUUCAGGACGUGAAUGUGGCCAUCACCAUGUGCGUCCUGGGCCUCUGGGAUCCGGCCUCCACUGUGGAGGGAGUCAGGGGCGUCAUGAGAGCCAAGGCGUCCCCGGGACCCAAGGCGGCCCUGGCUGUGAUCCGAGGUGGUGCUACACGAGCCUCCUGUGUCUUCUACCCGUGGCGCUUGCACCUGCUCUGUCUGCUGCGAGGCUGGCUGCCGCACCCGAGGGCCUGGUUCAUUCGCCAGGACCUCAACAUCUCCGCAGUUGCAGCCUGAGUCCCCGGGGGCUCCUGUCUUCCCAGACGGGAGGUACCAUCCAGCUGUUCCUGGAGUCGGGACACUAACAAAGACACCUCCGAGAGGGUGGCCUGAGUCCAAGAUGGAGUCAUCAGGGCAAAAGCCAAACAGAAGAAUAUCUGCGGGCACCUGGAAACAAACUGCAGGUGUUCGGCACCCCUCAGUCUUGGAAGGCAGCAGCCCAGACGUGGGCUUCUUGGAGGUCACUGGUGACAUGAUCAUUGCUUCCAUUGUGCAAACAAGAAACAGUCUCCAGAAAAGUGAUGCUCCCUCCCCAGGUCGCCUGAGGUGGAUGCCCUGAGUCACCUCUGGGAGCCUCUAAGUCUCAGGUGAUUCUUUCCACUGAUUCCAACUGGGAGCAUUUCCCACCCCCAGUAGGGUCUCUGGUACUCUUGACGCCUGCUGUCCACCUGAUGGCCAGGUGGGAAGAAGAGGAGAAGAGCAUAUUCUGGGCUAGACUCAGCCUCCCGUUUCAUAAUAAAAGGUCUUCCCUUGCA